AUGAUGGAGAAAUCGGAUGCAACAACAAUAUCUCCAGGCAAGGUCAUGAAGCCUGCAGUAGCAGCCAAUGCAAAGUCCUUGGACGUUGCGACUCAAUACGAACUUGGUGACACAACCGGAUUUUACACUAAACUCCUUUUGACGUCUAGUUAUCCUAAAAUUAGAAUUCGAACAGGUGACUACCGCCAAUUGCAGAUCGAGCAAUCACGGUUCCUCAUCUCUGCCUCCAGCAGGGGCCUGUGA